AUGCGCACACACACACACACACGACAGGUUGGUACGCGCCGUUCUUCUCGAUUGAGCGGAGGUGGGGAUAAGGAUUUAGCCGAAUUACCCUUAACUCCGGUUUCGAAGCGGAAAACACCGACGAAGAAAAAGGCUGAAGCUGCAAUAUCGAAUAAAGUUGAGGACGGGAAGAAAAAAGAAGCAGAGGAAAAGAACAAGAAGAAGAAGAGCGACGGUGAUGCUAAAACUCCAUCAUCGAAGGACGAGAAGAAGAAAAAUGCAGAUGCGAAGAAGCCACUGCCGGCGACGAAUGAAAAACAGUCCUCCAAGAAAGGAAAGGAUGCUUCUUCGAAAGAGAAAACGGUGACGCCAACGCCGACUAUGGGCGAAAUCGCGGCAAAGGAGAAAAGGAAGCUCGAUGAAAUUCAACAGUCUCGACAACAACAGCAACAGCAACAACACGAACAUCAUCACAGCAAGAAGAAGGUGAAAAGGCAGCAAACCCCAGAACAGAUUGAGAGGGGACUGGAGAAGAAGAAAAAGAAGAAGUCCAAGAAAGCGCGAAAAAGAGAACGCGAAGCGCUCGCCACCAAGGAAGCUGGCCAGGACGGCAACGUAGCUAAGAAAGCUAAGAUUAUUCCUUCGACAGAAACAGCAGUGAACGGUACAACAAAGUGGUCUUUUGGUGACUGGACGUGCAGAAAAUGCGGUGCGCACAACUAUCGGAAGCAAAAAGAUAAAUGCUUCCGAUGUUCUUACCCAAAGGCGAUAGAGACCAACAUGAAGCAAGGUAACCACGGGGCGAGAGAAUACUUGAAUGGAAAGUUAAAGGAGGACAUAAACUGGACGUUUUUAAAUCAGGAACACGAAUGGUGCGUAAGGAAUGCAUCGUUUGACCCUUUAAUGAAGGAUGAAGUCUAUGAUUUGUUUCUGAAAUAUCUGGAGAAGAUGGAGGCAAAGCAUCGCGACAGAGUGAGAGACGGGGCGAAUGCAGUCAUCGAACGAAUGAAGCGAGCUCUCUCUGUGUUGGAAAAAUUUCCAACGCACGAGGAGGAAAUAGAUGCUAAAAGAGCUCUCUUUACUGAGGGGAUAGGUGCCCCUGAUGGAGAGAAGAAGAAAAAGAAAAAGAAGCGCAACCGGAAGAAAAAGAAGAAACACACAGAUGAAGAAGCGCCUGAAAAAUCAGCUUUGGGUGGAGAAGAAAAAGAAAAAGAAGAAGCACAGAAGUAG